CGGUUCGGUUAGUUUCUGAAAUUUCUGAGUUCCCCAUUUAAACUCAUGUUUAAGAGUAAGAUACGUUCUUCCCAUUUGGCUAGAAAUAUACAAUCUCUGUCCAAAAACCGUCGUUUUCCAAUUUUCCUAAAUUUUGGCAGUAGAAGGUAUAGUGAUAUUGCCUUGACUAGAAAUGGGUCUGAGUCUGAGACUGAAUGGGAGAGAUUACUCAAACCUUUUGACCUCGAAGAGCUUAGAAAGUCGCUUGCCAAAAUCACCCCUCACCAGCUUUGUAAAUUGCUUGAACUCCCACUUGAUGUUCCAACAUCAAUGGAGAUAUUUGAAAGGGCAGGCCAGCAAAAGGGCUAUUGCCAUUCAUUUGAUGUAUACUAUGUUCUGAUUGAUAAACUCGGGGCCGCCAUGGAGUUUAAUGUCAUAGAUAUGCUGUUAUUGCAGAUGAAAGAUGAAGGGAUAGUUUUUAGGGAAUCUCUCUUCAUCUUAAUCAUGAAACAUUAUGGAAGAGCCAGUUUGCCUGGUCAAGCGACUAGGUUGCUGUUGGAUAUGAGGGGUUUAUAUUGUUGCGAACCCACUUUUAGAUCUUAUAAUGUUGUAUUGGAUAUACUGGUUGCUGGAAAUUGCCCUAAAAUUGCCCCCAAUGUGUUCUAUGAAAUGUUGAAUAGAGGUGUUUCUCCCACCGUCUACACAUUUGGUGUGGUGAUGAAAGCACUUUGUUUAAUUAAUGAGGUGGAUUCUGCAUGCUCGCUUCUUAGGGAUAUGACAAAACAUGGGUGUGUGCCUAAUUCUAUAGUAUACCAAACUCUAAUACAUGCACUGUCCAAGGUCAAUAGAGUGAACGAAGCAUCUAAACUUUUGGAGGAAAUGUUUUUGAUGGGUUGUGUGCCAGAUGUAGAUACCUUCAAUGAUGUCAUCCAUGGCCUUUGCAAGCUCAGCCGAAUACAUGAGGCAGCAAAACUGGUUGAUCGGAUGCUUCUGAGGGGUUUCACACCUAAUGUUGUGACUUAUGGGGUUUUGAUACAUGGGUUAUGUAGAACUGGGCAAGUUGAUGAGGCAAGGGCCCUGCUGAACAAAGUGCCAGAGCCAAAUGUUGUCUUGUACACUACCUUAAUUAAUGGCUAUAUUAGAUAUGGGCGGUUGAAUGAAGCAAAGGCUGUUCUGCAUGAAUGCAUGUCAAGCGUUGGGUGUGGCCCCGAUGUAUACACAUACAAUGUACUCAUCCAUGGUCUUUGCAAAAAAGGUUGUUUAGGUUCAGCACGUGAAUUGGUGGAUGAGAUGAUAGUUAAGAAUUGUGAACCUAAUGUAAUAACUUACACAAUAUUGAUUGAUGGGCUUUGCAAGAAUGGUGCACUAAAGGAAGCUAGGGAUGCUUUGGAUGAGAUGUCACGUAAAGGAAUUUAUCUAAAUACAGUGGGAUACAAUUGCCUAAUCUGUGGGUUUUUCAGGGAAGGGAUGGUCCAUGAGGCUCUGGAAAUGUUUCAUGAUAUGCCAAGCAAAGGAUGUAAGCCUGAUAUAUUCACAUUCAAUUCUCUAAUAUUUGGGUUGUGCAAGUUUGAUCAAAUGGAUGAGGCAUUGGUAAUGUUUCAAGAUAUGUUUUUGGAGGGUGUUAUUGCCAACACUGUGACCUACAACACAUUGAUUCAUGCUCUUUUGAGGAGAGGUGCAAUCCAAGAAGCCCUUAAGCUUGUGAAUGAUAUGUUAUUCAGAGGAUGCCCUCUUGAUGAGAUCACUUAUAAUGGUCUAAUAAAGGCACUCUGCAAAGUUGGGGCUGUGGAUAAAGCCCUGGGAUUGUUUGAAGAAAUGAUGAGGAAAGGACAUAAUCCCAGCAAUAUUUCUUGCAACAUUUUAAUCAAUGGCCUCUGUAAAUGUGGUAAAGUACGAAAUGCACUUCAGUUUUUGAGGGAUAUGAUUCACCGAGGUCUUACACCAGAUAUAGCCACUUAUAACAGCCUGAUAAAUGGCCUUUUUAAGAUAGGACGUGAUCGAGAGGCCAUGAAUCUCUUUGACAGGUUACAAUUUGAAGGAAUUUGUCCUGAUUCUAUCACUUACAACACUUUGAUUAGUUGGCAUUGCAAAGCUGGCAUGCUUGACGAUGUGUACAUAAUUCUAACCAGAGCUGUGGAGAGUGGGUUCAUACCUAAUGAUGCAACAUGGUGUAUAUUGGUCCGCAACCUUGUUAAAAGGGGGGAUGAGGAGGGGAAUACCUUUUUUUGGCGCUUAUUUUAAGUAGCUGAAGGGCAGCUUCUACUCUCACAAGUAGCAUCUUUGUUUGCUUUGUAUUCUGUUCAACUUUGCUUAGAGUUGCUUUGCCCGUUUGUAUCAUUUAAGAUCUCCUUUUUUAUGAGUUUGUUAACACCAAAGUUUAUAUCACACCAAAAUUUAUAUCAUUAUUGAAUAAUGAAACAAAA